CUCAUGGAAAAGUUCUUUCUUCCAUUAUAUCAAUCCUUUGUUUGUUAUUUUUAGGAGUUUUUAGAGGAAAUCCUGCACAAGUAAAGGAGUACCAGGAUCUUCUGGAUCCUUUGCUUCAACAUACAUCUGAAGGGUGUCCUGUUGUACCCAAGUACUACUAUGUGCCAGCUGGUUUCGUUGAGCUGGAGAAGAAGAACCCUGGCAGUCAGAAACGGUUUCCUAGUAACAGUGGAUGUGAUGGAAAAUUUUUCUUGUGGGGCCAGGCAGUUUACAUCAUUGCAAAACUCCUGGCUGACAAAUUACUAAGUCCUAAAGAUAUUGACCCUAUUGGACGUUAUGUAGCUCCACAAGAUCAGCGGAAUGUUAGCAUGAGAUUUUCAAAUCAGGGUCCUUUAGAAAACGAUUUGGUAGUACAUGUGGCCCUGAUAGCAGAAAGUCAGCGCCUACAGGUUUUUCUGAACACAUAUGGAAUCCAAACUCAGACUCCCCAGCAGGUGGAACCAAUUCAGAUAUGGGCUCAAAAAGAACUUGUCAAAGCUUACUUCCAUUUGGGAGUGAAUGACAAACUGGGAUUAUCUGGAAGACCGGACAGGCCCAUAGGAUGCCUUGGAACAUCAAAGGUUGUUGCAAUAAAUGUUAUUGGUACUAAUAUAUAUCGGAUAUUAGGAAAGACUGUAGUUUGCUACUCGAUCAUUUUUGAUCUAAGUGAUUUCUACAUGUCUCAGGAUGUUAUGAUGCUGAUUGAUGACAUUAAGAAUGCACUGCAGUUCAUUAAGCAGUAUUGGAAAAUGCAUGGUCGUCCACUGUUUGUUGUGCUUAUCCGUGAAGACAAUAUAAGAGGGAGCAGAUUCAAUCCAAUAUUAGAUAUGUUGGCAGCCUUUCGGAAAGGAAUUGUUGGAGGAGUAAAAGUUCAUGUUGACAGAGUACAGACACUAAUAUCUGGAGCAGUUGUUGAACAACUUGACUUCCUAAGAAUCUCUGAAACAGAAGAGGCUCCUGUAUUUAAGAGGUUGGAGGAGCUGGAUCUUCCAAAACAUUCUAAAGUCAAGAGACAGUCUAGUACUCCAAAUGCUUCUGAACUUGAGCAGCAACCAGAUGUAAAUAUUAAUGACUGGAAAAACAAGUCAACAUACGAGAUCCUGCAGAAACUUAAUGACUGCAAUUGCCUAGCAAGUCAAGCAUUACUCUCCAGUAUAUUGCUUAAAAGGGAAGGACCGAAUUUUAUCACCAAGGACGAUGAACUUACUCUUCAUCAGUAA